CAUGGACGAAUCACGUAAUGUGUGUCUUUGUCACGACAUAAAAUGGCGAGCCAAGUACCACUUCGUUAUAAACAGACUACAUGGGAAGUUACAGCAGGACCAAUUAAAAAGAAUUCCUCGAACAAUUUGUACAUGUCAUAAUGAAACUAAAGGUAUAAAUAGCAGUAAAGAAAAACAGAUACGGGACAUUUUGACAGAAAGAUGGGAAAAAGUUUCCUCAGAAAAUAUCGCAGCAGCAAAACCAUAUUUUGAUCAUUUCAUAGCAGAGCAAGACCCUUGUGAGGAAUUUCAUGGUUUUCUCAAAAAUUUCCGAGACCGCAUGAUGCAAGAUAAGUUGUUAGAUAACAGUAAGAGCAGUGCCAGUAGGUUCCUUUACCUUCUACAACAGCUCCUUCAGAACAAUCACUGCAGCAUCCUGGAUCCCAUCUCUUCAAACCCGCAGACAAGGAAGAUAAACAAGGAGGUCAUGGUUUUGCCAUCUCUACGUGAAAAAGAUGUGGGGAAUUUUAUUGGGAGGAAGGGUAAAACACUGAGGAAGCUGGCUACGAAGGGGUCGAAGAUUGAUAUCAAAUUUAAUGGUGGUACCAAAAAUGUGGAAGCACAUAUUGUUUGUCCUGAGUCAGGUAUGCAUGCUCUGAAAGAGAAGUUGGAGAAAGAGGCAAUAGAACUACGUAAACGCAGGGAUCAACACGAAGAAACGGUGGCAAAAUAUCACCGAGACAGAAAGGAGACGGUAGAAAGACUUCUUCACCAUAGCAGGAAUAUGUCCUUACCAAGGGAUUCCGAUGAUGAUGAUGAUGAUGAUGAUGAUGAUGAUGAUUAUGAUGAUGAUGAUGAUGAUGAUGAUUUUGUUUUUUGAUUGUGCCAAAUGCUCAACAAAGAAAUACUGGCAAUCAACCAUAUGUGAUGUAAUGCUGAUCAAAGAAUUAAUAUGUUGAUUCAACUGUGAUCCUCAGAUGACAGCUCCUCAAAAUCUUCACCAUAAGGCAUUGUUUCAAUGAAUGACAAUAAAUUGUUCAAUGUUUCACUAAUAUACCAUUAAACAUGGAGACUGUUUACUUUUUAUGCAAUUUGUAUCCUGACCAUCCUGUUUGGAAAUUGAGUUCCAUGUUUCUGUGUAACUCAACUAGAGAGAUGUUAGAAAAACACUUGUUAUUAUUUAGUGACAUUAAGGUAAGAUAGGGAGAAUCUUCUGCUUUAAGAAUAAAAGCUGUAAAUGAGAUGCUAAGAAAAUUUUCCCUUUCAUUUCGUUGUAAAAUGGGAAAAGUGGAUAUUUGCCAUCCUUUGUGAAAUUUUUGGAAGUUUGCCACAAAAGUGUUGGUGAGGAAAAAGACGAAAAUUGCACCAAAAUGUAUAUCUAGUUUUGUUCUUUAUUCUGUAUGAUACAGGCAAGACAAAAUGUCAUAGACUACUAAAGGUUUUGGUAUACUUGAUAUGAAAAGUAACAAAAAUGAACGGUAAAAACUUAGAUAUUGAAGAGAAUUAUGUUCACAAACUAUUGAAACAAGUGUCUGUUUUGCUUUAAACAAAUAUAAGUAUUAAGUGACUGACCACUUGGAAAAAAAAAUCACACAUGCUGUAUAUAGUUAUUCUGUUUAGCUGCUAUGUCAACUAAUAUACCAAUACGAAUGUGUUUAUCUGGAAGAACAAGUCCUUUUAAUGUGACUGCAAGGAAAAUACUUUAUUGUGAAUUAAAAUUUAUCUUAUUUUAAUUUUAUUUUAAUUAAGAUUAGAAUUGAAACUUUAAUUUGAAAUUUUUAGGUAUUUUGAUAUUUUGUUUAUUGAAUUAAGAAGAAAUUUCUGCCUUUAGGAAUACAUUAUUCUAACCUAUAUAUAUAACCAUUCUGAUAAAGAUAUUGUCAUACAAAUUUCUGAUGAUCUGAGGGAAGUCUUUAUGAGGUUACCUUUCUAUAAUAUUAUAUACCUAAGUAUCUUCAUCAAUUUGAAAAGACAGUGAUUACAGUAUUGUGAUACAGUACAUGAUAUAAUUUUUAUGAUGUCUACAUCAUUGUGAAAUGUUUUAUGUUAUUGUAAUCUGCUUUGUUUUGUUUGAAUGAAUUAAACCCAAUUCAUGGCAGUAGAGAUAGAUAUCGUGUAUGUACAGUGCCUAGGACACCGGUGAAAAACGAUUCUGGGGAAAAGUCAUCCCACACACCAACUGUAAUUUGAGCUGUACAUAAUUUUGUAGAAUGAAUCCCUCACUGAAGAGUUUCAAUAAUAUACUUGAUCUUAGAGAUCUUGUAUUUCACAAUUAAGUGUCAUUUUUGUGGAGAUCCAUACUUCAUCAAUAGAGAUGUACUGUCAGUACUAUAACACUGUAUUUGUGAUUGUAUUCCGUGAUUUUUAAAAUCACUGAUAUUUUUUUAACUUUUGCUUUGGAUGCAAAUAAAUGUGAUCUCACACCG